AUGCUAGAACCAACAGUUCAUGAACAAUUACUUGCAUCUCCAAUAUUAACAAAUAAUACAAAUGAUGCUGACUUAUUUUAUAUCCCUCAUUACAGCCGAAUGUGCAGCGGAUUUACUCCUCCUGAAGAAAGGUGGGAAGAACUGCCAGAUUACUUAGAAAAAUAUGGUCAUUACUUCACUAGAUACAGUACUGUAGAUCAUUUUAUGAUGCAUUCCGUACCAAAUUAUGGAGAUAAACCCGCUGAUAUAGCAAUUGAUGAUAGCAGACAGCCAAUAAUAGGUGUAUUGGAUUUUAAAUGGUCUGAAAUGAUCAAAAGUCCAUGGACUCACGCAAAAAGUCAGAUUUUACCUUUUAUAACUUUAAAAUCUAAAAUAAAUCCAAAAGCUAAGCGCAAAAUUCCGGUUUUUGUGGCGAUGUCAACUAAUCACUUAGCAAAGAACUCAGCCAAUCUUAGAAAAAAUCUAACAGAAAUUUUCAAGAAGAUUAAAAACUCAGAAUUCAUCAAAAUCUCGAGAACAUCACCAAAAUCAGUUAGAGACAUAUUAGCUGUACUGCCCACUAAGAUGGGAUCCUCUGAUUUCUGCAUCAUUCCUCCAGGAGAUGCUCCAACAUCAAAAAGAUUAUAUGAUGCGAUUUCCCAUCUUUGUAUUCCAAUAAUUGUAGCAGAUUAUAUGACAUUACCAUUUGACGGAACUUCAAUUAAUUAUACUGAGUGUGUGAUUCAAAUUCCGUCAAAAGAUAUUGAAAAAAUUCCAGAUCUCGUUAAUAAUUUUGAUAAAAACAAAAUAAAGGAAAUGAGAAAGAAACUGGAGAUAGUAAGAGAAAUGUUUAUAUGGGAUUACAAAAAUCCACCGAAUGCUGGCCAAGCUUUUUGGAAUUUUGCUUGGAAUUUAUAUUAUAAGUCAGAAAUGAUGAAGCCUUACAGGAAUUCCGAAAUGACUGGAUACGAUAAUGAUCCUCCAACAAUUUUUAUCUAG